UCGCAACAACCCGUUUGGCCAUCUUGUUUGCCAUCAAUCGUGUCGACAGCGCCCAUUCGAACAAGGAACCGCAUUUCACAGACUCAUCAGCCCAAAGACUACAUACCGUGGAUCAAUCUCAGGACUCUUGUUGGAAUAUUCAGCGAUUUCAGUUUAAAAACACAACCGGCGCAUCAACCCAGGCAACUUUCUGUUCUCACCAACUCUUCGACUCUCGAAUCGUGUCGCGCGCAGUCUCCUCAGCCCAGUCAGCUACAAUGGAGGCAUCAACAACACCCAAACCGCUGCCUAACCGGCCCGACCAAAAGAUGCCACCUCUCCCCAAAGGCUCCCGCAUCCAAAAGCGUCCUCUUCCCGCCCCCCUCUCCCACCGCCUCUCCUCCUCCAACACCUCCCGCUCCUCCACUCUUUCCACAACACCCACCGACAUCGAUGGCUACCGCCCUCCACCGCGCGCGCCCCACACGCUCAUUAUAAAAGUCACAUCCAACGCACCAUUCAUGUCACUCGUCAAACGCGUGCGCAAAGGAUUGGAGUCGCGAUCGUCCCUGUCGCGACAACAGUCUACCAAGGGUUUACCCCUAACGGCAAGGAUAGCUGCUCUGGAUACCACUAGUGGAGGUAGUAAAGAGGGAGGAAGCGGGAAUGGGUUGGGGCCGGUGGAAGACGCGCUAGAUGAUGUGGUUUUGGUGGCGACGGGGAGGGCGAUUCAGAAGGCAGUGGAGGUGGGGUGUUUCUUCACGAGGGAACGGGACCUGAUGGUGUUGUUGAGGACGAGGACGGUGAAGGGGGUGGAUGAUAUUGUGAGGGCAGAAGAAGAAGAUGGUGGUGGGGAGGAUGGGAGUGAGGAAGAGGAGGGGAGCGGGGCGAGGGUGAGAGCUGUUAGUUGUGUAGAGGUUGGGGUUCGAUGGCGGGCGACUUGAUGAAGAGGAGGAAUUGGACGGGAAGCGGAAGAACGGGACCUUCGGAGGUCAGGAAGACAUAUCCGCGGAGUUUGGGUUUGGGUUCUGCUACAAAGGAUAUCCAGCAUAAUUGGGAUAUGGAGUUAUGGGUUUACAGCAUUGGCUGCGGUGUAUUGGGUUCUGAAGGCGCCGCGGUUUUUGAUACAGCUUGUUGGGAUGCUUUGGUCCCAGCAAUGGAUGAUACCACAGAGUAAUCAGUAAAGCUACAUAUCACAUAUCUUUGCCUGGCCUACUUAUCAACAAUUCGUUGUCGAUUUGUUACAAGGCGUUUGGUUGCUCAC